AUGGCGAAGCUUGUCCAGACGCUGUUCGCCUCGCUGGUGGUUUUGCUACUCACCAGCUGGACCACCGCCAAAACCGUCACAUAUGACUUCAAUGUCAGUUGGGUAAUGGCCAAUCCAGAUGGGUUGGCCGAGAGAAAAGUGAUUGGCAUCAACGGGCAAUGGCCUCUCCCCGUAAUCGAGGUCGAUAAGGGCGAUCAGCUGGUAGUCAACAUGUACAAUGGCCUGGGCGACAAAAACACCAGCAUCCACUUCCACGGCAUGUUCCAAAAGGAUACCAGCAACAUGGAUGGCCCGUCAAUGGUGACUCAGUGUCCCAUUCCGCCCGGGUACAGCUUCACGUACAACUUCACCGUGAACCAGAAUGGCACGUACUGGUAUCACUGCCAUACUGACUUCUGCUACCCCGACGGCUACCGCCAGGCUUUGAUUGUGCAUGACAAGGAUGCCUUCUUCAACGAAGACUACGAGGAGGAAUUCACCAUCACUCUCAGCGAUUGGUAUCACGAUUUUGUCGAGGAUAUCCGGUUCCUGUCAUUGUACAACCCCACCGGAGCCGAACCCGUCCCCAAGUCGUUCCUGUUCAACGACACCCAGAACUCCAGCAUCCCCGUCAAGCCCAACACGACGUAUCUACUCAGGCUGAUCAAUAUUGGGGCGUUUGUGUCGCAGUUCUUCUACAUCGAAGACCACACCUUCAAGAUCAUUGAGAUUGACGGUGUCUACACCGAGCCGACCGAAGCCGACACGCUGUACAUCGCGGUGGCCCAGCGGUACAGCAUUCUGCUGACGACAAAGAAUACGACCGACAAGAACUACCCGAUCGUCACCGUCGCCGACUCAGACUUGCUCGACGUGAUCGAGCCCGAUCUCCAGCUGAACAACACCAACUGGCUGCAAUACAACGCCGACGCGGCGCACCCGCAGGCGGUCAUGAAGGUUGACGCCUCAUCAGAGUUGGUGCCCUUUGACGACAUCACGUUGAUCCCGUACGACCACAUGGAGCUCCUACCAGAGCCCGAUUUUGAGAUCAGCGUAACGGUCAUCAUGGACAACCUGCGCAACGGGUUUGGGUACGCAUUUCUGAACGAUAUCACGUUCACGCUGCCCAAGGUGCCCACGCUGUAUACGGUCAUGUCAUCAGGCGGGAUGGCCACCAGCCAGGAGAUCUACGGCGAAUUCACGCACCCGAUGGUGCUCAAGCACAACGACGUGGUGCAGCUGGUGCUCAACAAUAACGACGGCGGCACGCAUCCGUUCCAUUUACACGGCCACAACUUCCAGGUCAUUGAACGCGCACCACCCUAUGGCGAGCACUUUAACGACUUCGCCGACGGCGACCCAGUACCCUACGACCCCAACAACCACUCGGAGUUCCCAGCGUUUCCCGCACGCCGCGACGUCUUCGUCCUGCCCCCGCAGGGACACUACGUCAUCCGCUUCGUGGCCGACAACCCGGGCGUGUGGUUGUUCCACUGCCACAUUGACUGGCAUUUGGCGCAGGGCCUGGCCAUGGUCCUGAUCGAGGCGCCGCUCGAGAUCCAAAAGACCCACCACAUCCCGCAGCAGCACUACGACGUGUGCCGCGCUGGGGGGAUCCCCAUCCAGGGCAACGCCGCCGCCGACGACGAAGACCUGCUUGACCUCGAUGGCCAGAACGCCCAGGUCGGGCCUUUGCCAGGUGGCUUCACCGCGCGGGGAAUCGUCGCGCUUGUGUUCUCCUGCAUCAGUGCUGUUAUUGGCAUGGCUUUCAUCACCAUCUACGGCCUCUCGGAGCCAAAAGUGCUGCACAAGGACGUUGAUCCGGCCGAUGAGGACGCCCUUCAUGACGAGAACGUCCCCGCUGCUUCGGUCGAGCCCAAGGUCGCCGCGGCGGCGGCUCAAGGUUAG